UCACUUUGUGCAAGUCGGACGUGUCGUUGGAGCUGCCGUACGACGGUCCCUGUUUCUGUCUCAGUCUUUGGUCUCUACCCCCUCGCCGCCUGUUCGUGUCGUGUGGCUGUGCCUAUAGUGUGUGUGUAUAUUUCGAAAUUAGUAACCCCGAGAAAGAAAAAUCGUCAGCUUAGCGAUUUUCCUUUGUCUCCCUGCAAAUUUCGUGAGACCCCCGAAACGAAAGAGAGAAGAGACGCGCCGUGCGGUAAACCUGCGAUACCAACCAAUACCAAUCCACUCUUAAUCCGCACACCCACGACCACCAAAAACAAAGCACCAUGAGCUGGCAAGAUUAUGUGGACAACCAACUCCUGGCCUCGCAGUGCGUGACCAAGGCGUGCAUCGCCGGACACGAUGGCAACAUCUGGGCCCAAUCCAAUGGCUUUGAGGUGACAAAGGAGGAGCUCUCUAAACUGAUUAGCGGCUUCGACCAGCAGGACCUGCUCACCAGCAACGGCGUAACACUCGCCGGCCAGCGGUACAUUUACCUGUCCGGCACAGAUCGCGUGGUGCGCGCCAAGCUCGGCCGAAGCGGAGUCCACUGCAUGAAGACAACACAAGCCGUGAUCGUGUCCAUCUAUGAGGAUCCUGUUCAGCCCCAGCAGGCCGCUUCCGUCGUAGAGAAACUUGGAGAUUAUCUGAUUACUUGCGGGUACUAGGAGAAUAAAUCAACACAACACAAAACACAACACAGCCCCAUCAUCCACAUAACAUACACACAACUACACACACACGCACCUACAACAACAGGAUGAAGAAGAACAGCAGCAACAACAACAACACAUUUGAUAAGAGGAGGAACCGUAAAUGAACUAAUUAACAAAUACAUAAAAAGAAAGUAAUUAUUAAUAUUUAAAAAAUUUAUGGAGAAAAAGCAACAACGGCCAACAAGAUAAUUUGCGGUUUUUUGUGUGUAGCAUCAGAAGAAAUGGAAGAAGGAGUAAAUGCAAUUGCUAAAAAAAUGUCAAACGCAAAAAUAAUUACCCAAUUACAACAAAAUUAUAAAUUUCUGCAUUAUUA